AGGAGAUUAAAAGAAGAGAAGAGAAAAUGGCGGGUGAUUUGGUCCUCUCGCUGAUUGAUCUCUCCAAUCCCGAUCGCGACUCCUCCGCCAAAUCCAUUCGCAAGGCUUGCUUGGAUCAUGGUUUCUUCUACCUCGUCAAUCAUGGAAUCGAGGAAUCGUUUUUCCAGCAAGUGCUCAAGGAGAGCAAGAAGUUCUUCUCGUUGCCCCUCCACGAGAAGAUGAAGCUUCAAACUAGGAAGGAUAACAGGGGUUACAAUCCAGUGCUUUCUUUAACCCUAGAUCCUUCAUCUGAAAGUUACAGAUUCAGGAGAUGUAAAGUGAGGGUUUCUUCAUCACUUCCGCCAAAAUCAGCUUUUCACAAUUCAAUGCCAAUCAAUGGCCCCCAGAAGAACUUUUGCCAUGUUGGAGAGCCACGAUGGAAUCUUAUUAUGAAAAAAUGCUGGCUGUGAGUAAAAAAUUAAUAUCCUUGAUGGCUUUGUCUUUGGGUCUUGAUGAUCUUUUCUUUGAGAAAAUUGGAGCAUGGCAUGAACCCUUGGCAUAUGUUCGACUUUUGCAUUAUCCAGGUAAAACUUUUGAAGGGAGUUGUGGGAGGUUAGGUGCAUCAGCCCAUUCCGACUUUGGAAUUGCUACGCUUCUAUUAACUGAUGGGGUCCCUGGUCUACAGAUCUGCAGAGAUAAGGAUAGGCAUCCUCAGCUAUGGGAAGAUGUACCUCAUGUUCAUGGGGCUUUGAUUGUUAAUGUUGGCGACUUGCUGGAGAGGUGGACUAAUUGCUUAUUCCGAUCAACAUUGCACAGAGUCUUGCCAACUGAACAAGAGCGCUACUCUGUUGCCUUUCUUCCUAAAUGGAGACCUCGGUUGCAUGGUUGAGUGCUUUGGAGAGUUGCUGCAGCAAGGAAAAUCCUCCUAGGUUUCCUGCUAUCCAAUGUGUCGAUUAUCUGCAGCAGCGUAUUUCUGCAAUAUAUACUGGUGGGCAGAAAUAGAAGAGGUUACAACUUAGAUGUCAUCGGUUCCGCAUCUCCUUUCAUGAAGUGUGGUAACUCCCCCCCCCCCUCUUUUUGUUCACAAAUUGAACCAGGGAUAAACUGCUGUUUGCGCUCAUAAGCAUUGUCACCUUGUGAAACUUGACCUAUUUCAUUUGAGGAAAUUGUUCAAUGAGAUUUCUGUAAUUUAUUCCAGUAUGUAGGGAUAUUUUUGUAAUCUUAUCACUAGAAUAAGCAAUGUUUCAACAACCUCAUGAAGCUCGGAUGGUUGAGAAGAACCAAGGUUCUAAAUGAUUAAAAUUCUUAUUUAAUAUUUUAAAACA